ACUGAAGAUGAAGAAGAGCGAGGCGAACUAAAUAAACUCGGAGGCGCUGUGAACCGAGCCGAGCCGAACCGAGUCAGAACAAUGGAGGGCUGAUAAAAACACCUGAGGACGGGUUGUCAGUAAAACAACAGCCAUGUUUGCGGUGAUCUGUUUGGGUUUUCUGGUCUCGUGUCUCCGRGGCUCCGCCGCUGGAGCAGAGCUGGCUCCACCUCAGGACCUGAACAUGAUCACCUUAAACACCAACUACACCCUGAGCUGGGUCUGGGACCACAGAGGAGCCGACAACGUCACCUUCAGCGUGCAGUACAUCUCGAGGUACAGGCUGAAGUCGAAGGUUCCCAGGUGGAACGUGGCGUGUGGGGACACGUCUCGCAGGUCCUGUGACCUGACGGGGUUAAACCUGCACUACCUGAGUAUCUACAUGCUCCGGGUUCGAGCCAGCCUCAACYGACAUCACUCUGACUGGACCAUGAAGGAGUUCUGCCCCGAUAAYGAAGCUCAGCUCGGACCUCCAUCCAAAGUGGACCUUUGUGCUGCUGGUUCUGCUCUGGAUGUGUCCCUCACAGACCCUCAGACCAGCUCCAACACCUCCAUGAGGGAUCACCUGCCCAACUUGUCCUUCUACAUUCACUACUGGGAGAUGGCCCACGAGAACCAGGUCCGGGUGCUAAACAGCACUAACAACAUGGUGACUUUGUCAGACCUGAAAGCCUGGACCUGGUACUGUGUAAAAGUCCGUUCACGUUACGACUUCUACGACAAGACGAGUAGCUUCACGUCUCAGCAGUGUGUCCAGACUGAAGGACCCGUGCCCUGGUGGCAGAUCUUCCUGUUCUUCCUGGGGUCUCUGCUCGUCUGUUUCUUGGUGUUCCUGAUCUUUCUGUAUGGCUCCCAUCGGUGCUACUGGUUCUGUAAGACCACCUUCUUUCCCCGUGACCAGCUGCCCCAGCGCCUCAAAGAGCCGSUCUUUGACUCGCCGGGCUCGGACCACCGGUGCCUCGUCAUCUCUGAUUCAGAGUCUGAGCAGCUUUGUGAGGGUGUGACCGUCUGCCCGGAGAGCGCUGUCCUGGAAAUCCACAGCUCCACGGCGCCCCCAGCAGGCCUGGAGGGAGAUGACAGCUGCAGACACCUGCGUCAGGACAGCAGCAGCAGCGGCGACUCUGGAGUCUAUUCUGCAGGAAGGAACUCGGUGGUCCUGCAGCCCAACAGCUGUCAGUCCGGUCCAGAUGUGGAGCUGAGCUGUGAGAGCCGCCGCCUCCCCGAGCAGCUCAAGAUGAUGGAAACACAGUUCAGCUUUUCUCCGGUGGUCUCAGCCGAGGCCGUCGGGGACGUGAGCGUCUGACGUUUGUCUGUUCCACCUGAGAGACGGACCGGAUCAAAGCUGAGGACCUGAUCCAGUCUGAGGACUCUGCAUCAUGUAAAGAUCCUCCAACCAUGAGGGGCUGAGAGGAGUUUGUGUUUGGCUCUGAACGUGUCCUGCAGCUUCCAUGAAUUAAUCACAGGAAGGUCUGAUUGUUGCUGAGCAGCUGGUUAAAACCAGGAAUCAGAAAGUUUUUCUCAAUAAUCAGACAAAUCAAGGCUUUGAAGGAGAAGAUGUACAGUGUUAGUUCAGGUGGGCUUCUUUCUUCUGCUUUAAUCCUUAUAAUAAACUCCAUCAGAGCUUGUUCUUCUGCUGUAAGCAUGCUGUCUGAUCUGUUUAAUAAAUAUCUGUGACCCAUCA